UCGAUCGCUGAAAUUAGUUUCCAGUACUAUCGAUAUCUCGUAAAGUAUAACGAUUUAAUCUAGCGAGAUACAGUGAUGUGAUUGUUGAUACAACAGCUGAUGGAAUAAUAUAAACACUACAGAGUACACGCGAAGUUGUGAAUGUUGAUUGUGUGUGGGGGAGAUGACGUUUUGAGAUGAAGGCGGGUACUAGUUUUGAUACCUCAGUGACCUUAUAAUACCGUGGUUACAUACGACAAAAAGAAAGGACUUUCAUCGUACUUUUGUAUAUAAUUUGCGAGGUCAAUUUUGACUUACAACAAAUACACGGGGUUAAGUGGAUAAAAGAAUGAUGCCGUCGAGAAACAUCAUGACAGAAAACUUAUUGGGCCUGUCGUGGCAUGACAGUGCUUGGAUCCCCAUAUUAAAUCCUUCCAACAUUAUGGAUUACUUUUCAGAACGAAGCAACCCAUUUUUUGACCGGACGUGUAAUAAUGAAAUAGUUAAAAUGCAACGCCUGAAUCCAGAUCAGUUGCAAAAUAUGACUGGACUUGAAUACAUAUUGCUUCAUGUCCAGGAACCAAUUCUGUAUGUCAUUCGCAAACAGCAUCGACAUACUCCCACCCAGGCAACACCUCUUGCAGAUUAUUACAUUAUUGCUGGCACAGUUUAUCAAGCCCCCGACCUUAUGUCUGUGAUAAAUUCAAGAUUGAUGUCAACAAUACAUCAUCUACAAUCUGCAUUUGAAGAAUCAAACUCUUAUUCUCGAUAUCACCCUUCUAAAGGGUAUUCAUGGGAUCUAAAAGAACGCAAACCGUCAGAAAGGACUGCAUCAAAAAAGGAGACUCAAAGGGAAGAGCCGAGCUCAUUGUUCCAGAGACAAAGAGUGGAUAUGUUGCUGGCAGAACUUACACGAAAGUUUCCAGUUCAAGUCAUUCCUCAACAGAAACCAGCAAUUGAAGAAGUGAAAGCUGAACCCCGUGAAAUUAAACAGGAGAAACCAGAUAGUCAGCGAAACAUGAAGCCACCACCAGAGAAAAAACCAAAGAUCAAUUUGUAAAGAGGAAUUCCAGAAAAUCUAAAUAAAGCAAACUGGAAAUCAA